AUGUCUCUGCGCAUGACCUCGCACCUCUGUCUGCUGGUCCUACCAGUGAUGUCGCUGCUGCUGCUCCUCUCUCCAAUUGGAUGGAGCUACGAAGGCCUCACCCCUGGCUGUCACCUUUACCCCUUCAACGUGACCAUCCGCAGUGACCGCCGCAGCACGUGUAAAGGCACCCAUCUGGUCUACGCCUGCGUGGGCUACUGCGAGUCCAGCGCCUUCCCGUCCAGAUACUCCGUCCUGGUGGCCUCCAACUUCACCCACAACAUCACCUCCGCCUCACAAUGCUGCACCAUCAGCAAGGACGCCAAGGUCAAAGUUCGCCUGGACUGCCCUCGUGGCCGUCACCAUGACGAAAUCGAGAUCCUGACGGCAAAGGCGUGUCGCUGCGACAUGUGCCGCAAGUCCCGCUACUGA